UCCUAUCGACAUCUAAAGUAUCUAAACGACGGAGAGCGCAGAUUUUUAGAAAGAGACGCUUGCCAAUUGAGCACCAUGUUAAUAUGUUAUCCUUCCACCAUGCUCUUCAGUCCCAUUCAGUCCUAUUAGUUUCGCUCUUCACACUUGAAAGCUUCAACACACAAGAUUUUGACCGGCUAUUCUUGCGUGAGAGCAUCGCCACAAAAAAAAGAAGCACUUGCUAUUUGUUAUGGUCUGAUUAUUGCUUGCCAACGCGGCGUAAAAUAAUCAAUACGACCGCACCAAACAAGAACAAAAAAUGAUUUUGUCGAGGGCCAAGCCGGUCUCAUCAGAAGGCGUUCGCACGUUGACUUCGCGUAAACAAAUCCCGAAGCUGGAGGAGUUCUUGGAGAAACGGGACUAUACUGGUGCCCUGACGCUACUGGAAUUUAAUAGCAGCACUGGCGGUAACCUGGAGACAGAUUUGUGGAUGGGAUACUGCGCGUUUCACUUGGGUGACUACAAGCGUGCGGCCAUGAUCUACGAGAACUUGAGAAAGAAGGAUUACGUGUCACCAGACGUUCCGACAAAUCUGGCAUGCUGCUACUUUUAUCUGGGCAUGUACCCCGAGUCGCAAAAGAUCCUGGAAGAGGCAGCGGAUAGCAAGCUGCGAACCAGGCUGCUGUUUCAUUUGGCCCACAAGAUGGGCAAUGAAUCCAAGUUAAUGGAAUAUCAUCAAAUGCUGCAGGACAUUAUCGAGGAUCAGCUCAGUCUAGCAUCUAUUCACUACUUGCAAGCUCACUAUCAAGAGGCUAUCGAUGUCUAUAAAAGAAUUUUAUUGGACAACAGGUUGGAAUAUCUCUAUCGUUGACACAAAAUUUAGGAGAAUAUUUUGAUAUAGUUAUAAUUUUUGGCUAUCGUGUCUUUACUAUGCACCUGCACUAUGCACUUUUGCAUAUUCACGCAAGUUUAAAGAAAAGCACCAACAGAUGCGACUCGACAACAGAUUCUGAGUUGUAUCUCCUUAUUCAACUGCAGGAAAAUUGCAGGUAUCUGUUUUUUUUUUCACUUUCUUUACUGGAGUCACUUGUAUUAUUUUCAAUCAUCACAAAAAUCACGAAAAUAUUGAUUCAAUAGAACGAAUAGUUUUUAUUUAAAUUAAGGCGAUCCUAAAGUCGUUUUAUCAACCGAACGUGAUUAUUUUCCAUGACAAAAUAAACACAAUUAAAGACGACAGAUUUAAAAAUUCUUCUCCACGAUUAAAGUAUAGGCAUUAAUGUAGUUCCAGCUGGUAGAGAUUAUGUUGAAAAUAAAAAAAUUAAAGAAAUUUA